UUUUGAGCACUUCAGGCUGAAUUAUUUUACUGUUUUUAGCUAUUCAUCGUUGACUGAUAAAAAAUGGUCAGAAUUGUUGUCUAAAUGUUUUGGAGAGGGAGCCAAACUCGCAAGCAUUUCUUAGUCACAGUGUAACACAAUCAAGGUCUAAAAAUAGACUUACACAACCACAUUCCCCUUUCAUUUCGCUGCAUCCCAUGAAUCUCAACCCAACAAAACUCCUUCAAUUGUUUCUCCAAUUUCAUCCAUGAUCAUUGUGUCCCUUCUAUGCUGGCGCAGAGCAAGUUUAGAGAAGAGGCCACCGUUGCUGCCCCCAGCCAACACUAGCCCCACGAUCGCCAUAGUAAUCAAGCAACAUGACUUAUAAUGCGCAUCCUUUUCAGCUUUUAGAAAUCAAUGUCAUAUCAGGCCAAGAUCUGGCUCCUGUAUCCAAAUCUAUGCGUACCUAUGCAAUAGUUUGGGUGCAUCCAGGAAGGAAACUGUCUACCAAGGUUGACCAAAAUGGCCACACCAAUCCUCAAUGGAAUGAAAAGUUUGUGUUCCGCGUUGAUGAAAUAUUCAUAAAUGCUGAAAACUCUUCUAUCAUGAUUGAAGUCUACGCCGCAGCAUGGCUACGCGAUGUUCAGAUUGGAUCUGUAAAUGUUCUGAUAAGCAACCUGUUUCCUUCCCAUAACAACAACAACAAAAUGCACUUCGUUGCGCUUCAGGUUCGUCGCCCAUCAGGACGGCCUCAAGGUAUCCUCAACUUGGGGGUGCAGCUGCUGGACACUACAAUGCGCAGCAUGCCUUUAUACACUGAACUUAGUGUGUCUGCAGCAGGCUUCGAUGACCUCAUUGAUGCGAAAACCAUCGGUCAAAGCCUUGAAGAAAAGAGUGCAAAGUUGCGUCGCACGCAGAGUGACCAAACUGACCAGACCAUCUCUGAUAAAUCUGGCGUAAAAGAGAGUGGUGUCAGGUCACUUGGUGGCUCGCUGAUUAAUUCUUCGGUGGUAAAACGAGAUAAUGGCAAUGGCAAUGGCAAUGGAAAUGGAAAUGGCAAUGGUAGCUUGAUCAAUGGAUCACUUUGCUCCGAUGUGGGGCCUUCUGCGUCUGUUGUAGCAGCAGCAAUUGCUAAAGGAUUAAUUAAAACACCAGCAAAUGCUGUUCAACACGAUACAGAUGGCGCAACGAGCUCAGUUGUUGAGGAUUGGACCGAAAAUGAUAGUAUCGAAGGCCUAAGAACAAAACUCGAAAGAUGGAGAACUGAACUUCCUCCAAUUCAUGAUAGUGAUCUUCGGAAGAUGCAAUCGAAAGGUAAACUUAAGAAGCAUAGACGGAGGACAGAAGGUGGAGGGCUGUUUACAUGUUUCGGUUUCGGAUGUGAAAUUUCCAUUACCUGGGGUGGGCGUAAUAACAAGAAGAAGAAUGGCAAGGGAAAAGUCUACCAUCUUAGCUCUGUGGACAGUCAAUCAUAUUUAUGA